AUGAAAGUCGUGGGAAACUAUGGAGUCAACGCUGCAAACUCAGGCACUGAUAGGUCCAGAGAGCACUUGACCUGUCUUAGAAGUCAGCUCUUUGUAGCCUACAGAAAUGGAAGAGUGGAUGAAGCAGUCUCUCUGGGUUUUCUGCUUUGCUGGAUAGGUGGAGACCUGACAAAUUUCAAAGGCUGCUACCUGACUAACCAGCUGCCUAUUCAGAUUUUGACAGCCAUCUUUGACAUGAACACGGAUAUAAUCAUACUCUCACAAUUCAUGCACUAUAGGUUAAAGAAUCAUAAGAACAAAAUUUCUGAAGAUUUACUGAGGAACUUCAUUUCUGCUGUUUGUAUUGACUAUUGAUUGGGAACUGCACGUACGGACUUGGUGUGGUUUUAAAGAUACCAGCUGCUAAGUGUCACAAGAGUACUUACUUUGUGCAUCAUCUUCCUUGGCUUAUUGCAACAUUUGGAGUCUUAUUCCUUAACUCUUUUGUGUCUUUGCCAUCAGAUUGCCAUUAGAGAAUAAACAUGUAUAGAUAAUAUAUCACCUAAAAAGUGUGUGUGUGUGCAUAUAUAUAUAUAUAUAUCUUCUAAGAAGUGUAAAUAACUAAUGCUAUAGCCAUUUCAUUAUUGUAUUUGAAAUAUUCAUUUAUAAGGAAAGUCUUCUCUUUCCCAAAGUAUCCUAGAUUAUUAUUAUUCUAGCAGAGGAUCAAAUUCAGAUGAAGAUUUCUUGGUUUCUUUGGUUCUUCUGAUAAAAAAAAAAAAGUGGGGCCAAGAUUAGAAGUGUUGAAAUUAACACAUCUUAGAUAUUAAAUUUUAUUAAAUUAUAAUAGCAGAUAUUAAGAAAAAGCCAUGCCAUCUCUGAAAAUUUCUACAGAGAACACUUUGAAUUAAUAAAUGACAACUGAUGCCUUGCCUUUUG